AUAAUAAAUGUGUGAAAAACAAAGUAAAUUGUCCAGAACAUUAUCCCACUAUUUUAUGUUGGGCUGAUCCUCAGAGAGAGAGAGAGAGAGAGAGAGAGAGAAGAUUAUAAGGGAAGACUGUGAUUACCAGGAAAGUCCCAUGAAAAGCAACCAAAUUUUGGGGUCUCCUUUUUUCCCUAUCUUUGAUUAGAUUUAUGUUCACCUUUCGUUUUGCUUAGUUCUUUCUCAAUUCCACUCAAUAAAGAGUGGGUUUUUGCAGUUUCAGCUACUGUUGAAUCUAUAUUUUCUCAGCAGUGCAUGUGUGAGAAUGUCUAGUUGAACCUCAUCAAAAAAAGAAUGUCUAGUUGAAUGUUUGGUUGCCGAAUAUUUCUGGGCUGUGUGUGAUCUGAAUGUAUUCCAUUCCUUUUACCAUCUCCUCUUAUCUGGAUAGGAAGAAAGUUCUUGGUUUAUCCUUCCCUUGUUUCAAUUCACUUAUCUUCAAAGAUUUUUGCAGUCAGCCUUUAACUUGUCAUAAUCUCUUUAUCCCUUAGCUAGGAUUUCAUUCGAAAUUAUCAGUACUAGCAGUAACCUCUCACUCAAAACUCAGACCGGUUGCUUCUGCGAUAUAAAUUUUCAAAGGGGUUUUUUGCUUGUCAUAGAAAAUACGUAAUCUUUAAUGGGUUGUUUCAUCUAUGUGGGCAAGGGGAUAGAUAUAGAGAGGCUUUGAUGAACUAGAGUUCCAGUCUAGAAACAAAUGGUGUCCAAAUCGUAUUCCAAUCUUUUGGAGCUUGCCUCAGGCGAGGCUCCUUCGUUUGGCCGAAUUGGCCGGCGAAUUCCACGUAUUAUGACUGUUGCCAGUUUGAUAUCCGAUGUUGAUGAUGAUCCGUCGGAGAGUGCGUGCUCCGAAGACAUGUCUUCAUCUUCAGUCCAACGUGACCGAAUCAUAAUAGUGGCUAACCAGCUCCCCAUAAGGGCGCAGAGAAAAUCAGAUACCAGUAAGGGUUGGAUUUUCAAUUGGGAUGAGAAUUCACUACUUCUCCAAUUGAAAGAUGGUUUGGGGGAUGAUGAGAUUGAAGUCAUUUAUGUUGGUUGUCUUAAGGAAGAAAUUCACCCAAAUGAACAAGACGAGGUUUCCCAAAUUCUUCUCGAGACCUUUAAAUGUGUCCCAACCUUUCUCCCACCAGAUCUUUUCAGCCGGUAUUAUCAUGGGUUCUGUAAGCAGCAGUUGUGGCCACUGUUUCAUUACAUGCUACCUCUUUCGCCGGACCUCGGUGGUAGAUUUAACCGGUCCUUAUGGCAAGCGUAUGUAUCAGUGAACAAGAUUUUUGCAGAUAGGAUCAUGGAAGUGAUCAACCCAGAAGAUGAUUUUGUGUGGAUACAUGAUUAUCAUCUGAUGGUGUUGCCAACUUUCUUGAGGAAGAGAUUCAAUCGCGUGAAACUUGGGUUUUUCCUCCAUAGCCCGUUCCCUUCAUCUGAAAUUUAUAAGACAUUGCCUGUCAGGGAAGAGAUUCUAAGAGCCAUUUUAAAUUCUGAUUUAAUUGGAUUCCAUACAUUUGACUAUGCAAGGCAUUUCCUCUCGUGCUGUAGUCGAAUGCUUGGUCUUACCUAUGAAUCCAAGCGGGGUUACAUAGGCCUUGAGUAUUACGGUCGGACUGUUAGCAUCAAGAUUCUUCCUGUUGGUAUACACAUGGGUCAGCUGCAGUCGGUUUUGAGCCUCCCAGAGACUGAAGCCAAGGUUGCUGAGCUUAUGAAACAGUUCUGUGAUCGAGGAAGGAUAAUGUUACUCGGGGUAGAUGACAUGGACAUUUUUAAGGGUAUAAGUUUGAAGCUUUUGGCAAUGGAGCAGCUGCUUGUUCAGCAUCCAGAGUGGCAGGGGAAGGUUGUAUUGGUGCAGAUAGCCAAUCCAGCCAGGGGUCGGGGAAAAGACGUGAAAGAAGUUCAGGCUGAGACAUCCUCAACUGUGAAGCGAAUUAAUGAAACAUUUGGGAAACCUGGGUAUAAGCCUGUUGUGUUGAUUGAUGAGCCACUCAAGUUCUAUGAGAGAAUUGCAUAUUAUGUUGUUGCCGAGUGUUGUUUGGUGACGGCUGUCAGGGAUGGGAUGAAUCUAAUACCAUACGAAUACAUAAUCAGUCGGCAAAGGAAUGCGAAAUUGGAUAAGGUUUUGGAGUUGGAACCCUCCAACCCGAAGAAGAGCAUGUUAGUUGUCUCCGAGUUCAUUGGCUGCUCCCCUUCUUUGAGUGGAGCAAUUCGUGUGAACCCCUGGAAUAUUGAUGCUGUGGCAGAUGCAAUGGACUGUGCCCUAGAGAUGGCGGAGCCAGAAAAACAGCUCCGGCACGAGAAGCAUUAUAGAUAUGUCAGUACCCAUGAUGUUGGGUACUGGGCUCGUAGUUUCCUCCAAGAUCUGGAAAGAACAUGUAGGGGCCAUUUGCGUCAGAGGUGCUGGGGUAUUGGGUUCGGUUUGAGUUUCAGAGUUGUGGCCCUUGAUUCGAACUUCAGGAAGCUCUCUAUGGAGCAUAUCGUUUCAGCUUACAAAAGGACCACAACUAGGGCAAUCCUUCUUGACUAUGAUGGUACAUUGAUGCCUCAGGCUUCCAUUGAUAAGAGCCCAACUUCUAAAUCCAUUGGUAUCCUGAAUAACUUGUGCAGAGACAAGAACAACAUGGUUUUCAUUGUUAGUGCAAAAAGCCGUAAAGUACUUGCUGAAUGGCUCUCUCCUUGCGAGAAGCUUGGAAUUGCUGCUGAACACGGCUACUUUCUACGAUUGAAGCGAGAUGCAGAAUGGGAAACAUGUGCACCAGUUGCAGAUAGCAGUUGGAAGCAGAUUGCAGAGCCAGUAAUGAAGCUUUACACUGAAACAACUGAUGGUUCCACCAUUGAAGAUAAGGAAACUGCACUUGUGUGGUCUUAUGAGGAUGCUGAUCCAGAUUUUGGAUCAUGUCAAGCUAAGGAACUUCUUGAUCAUCUUGAAAGUGUGCUUGCUAAUGAACCAGUUAAUGUUAAAAGCGGGCAGAAUGUAGUGGAGGUUAAGCCACAGGGUGUAAACAAGGGACUUGUAGCCAAACGUCUACUUUCCACCAUGCAAGAAAGGGGAAUGUCACCGGAUUUUGUUCUCUGCAUAGGUGAUGACAGAUCUGACGAAGACAUGUUUGAGGUAAUCACAAGUUCCAUAGCAGGCCCAUCCAUCGCACCCAGAGCUGAAGUAUUUGCGUGUACGGUUGGCCGAAAGCCCAGCAAAGCCAAGUAUUAUCUGGAUGAUACAGGGGAAAUUGUUAGGUUGUUGCAGGGGUUGGCAUCUGUGUCAGAGCAGACAGUACCUCUGUAGGCUUACCAAAGAUAAAGAAUGUAGGCUUACCAAAGAUAAAGAAUGGGGCACUGCCUUGUUUUCUCUGUUUGUAACUGCCAUGAUGUAGGUGAGUGGUGUAUUUUGCAUUACUUUGCCGUGUUUAUUCCUUCUUUUGUUCAUCAUGUAAAUUACUGUAGUGUUAAGAGAAGCUGUGCAAUCCGAAACUUUUGCAUUUGUUGUUGUAAAGCUGUAAAUGUGUUUGAGCAUGAAAUCCGAACUUUGUUUUGCUGCAGUUCAUUCAUAACUGUUGCCUAGGCUACCUUUUCUUGGAAGACCCAUCUUCUA